UGUGUGUGUGAGAGAGAGAGAGUGUAUGUGUGUGAGUGUGUGCGUGUGCGCAUGCUUGUGUGUGUAUGUCUUUGUAUGUGUUUGUACAUGUGUGUGUGUGUGUGCAUGUAUGAGUGUGUGUGCAUGUGUGUGACUAUGUAUAUUCAUUUGUACACCUGUGUGUGUGUAUGAGUGUGUCUGUGUGUGUGUGUGUGUGUGUGCAUGUGUGUGCAUUAGUGUGUGUGUGCAUGUGUGUGCAUGAGUGUGUCUGUGUGUGUGUGUGUGCAUGUGUGUGCAUUAGUGUGUGUGUGUGAGUGUAAACAUCUGUGUGUGUGCAUUAGUGUGUGUGUGUGUGCAUGUGUGUGCAUUAGUGUGUGUGUGCAUGUGUGUAAACAUCUGUGUGUGUGCAUGAGUGUGUCUGUGUGUGCAUGUGUGUGCAUGUGUGUGCAUGAGUGUGUGUGUGUGUGUGUGUGCAUUAGUGUGUGUGUGUGUGAGUGUAAACAUCUGUGUGUGUGCAUGAGUGUGUCUGUGUGUGUGUGUGCAUGUGUGUGCAUUAGUGUGUGUGUGCAUGUGCGUGUGCAUGAGUGUGUCUGUGUGUGUGUGUGUGUGUGCAUUAGUGUCUGUGUGCAUGUGUGUGCAUUAGUGUGUGUGUGUAUGUGUGUAAACAUCUGUGUGUGUGCAUGAGUGUGUGUGUGUGUGUGUGUGUGUGCAUGUGUGUGCAUUAGUGUGUGUGUGUAUGUGUGUAAACAUCUGUGUGUGUGCAUGAGUGUGUCUGUGUGUGUGUGUGUGUGUGUGUGCAUGUGUGUGCAUUAGUGUGUGUGUGUGUAUGUGUGUAAACAUCUCUGUGUGUGCAUGUGUGUACGUCUGUAUUUGUUUGUACAUGUGGAUUUGUGCAUAUGUGUGCACGUGCAUGAGUGUGUGUGUGUGUGUGUGUGUGUGUGUGUGUGUAGGAUUGUAGCUAAUAGCUCAGAUUACAGAGGGAACAAAGUGCAGUGGAGGAGCAGCUUAGCGCUUGUACACUACAAACUACACUGUACAGUCGUCAUGGUAACAACAAUAUCACAAAACUGUUAGAUCAGUUUAGGGAAGGCCCUGUUUCUGUUCCAGCAGGACGUCACGCUGUGUUUCUGCUGCUUGGGUGGGUCAGGAUGGUGUGUAAAGUGCAGGUGAUGUUCUGCUGGUGGAACGUGAGCGUGAGUGUGUGGAUGGCACUGUGCCAGUGGGCCGGUGAUGAUGCCAGUAGGUGGAUUGAGCCACCACAGCUGCUGCUUCUGCUUUAGUUCUGAGCUAAAUUUGGAGCUGCAGUGAGACUGAUGAUCUGAACCUCGUUUUUUUUUGCUAAUUACUUUCAGGACGUAAUUAAUAAGCUGUUCCUCAUGUUAGAUCUAAUAAUCGGGAUCCGAGUCCCUGGCGGAUGAACGAAGCCCUGAAGACACGCGGAACUUCAUUACCUCUCUCAGCGGCCUCAGGAUUAUUAGCGUGAUUGUCGACUUAGCCUCGUUCUCGUAUUUUAACCCUUGAAGGACCAAAGCCAGAAGUAUCCGGACGUCUUAUUUCCUUUAUUAUUAUCUUUCCCUCCUAAUUUACAUGCAGACCUCCACCGACCGCUUCUUUUCACCUGCACCGGACAGGUUCAUACGGAGUCACUCACCAACCCCUGUUAUCCCCUGUCUAGAGGAACAGUGUUACAGAGGAACAGCAGUACAGAGGAGCAGUGUUACAGAGGAACAGUGUUACAGAGGAGCAGUGUCAGUGUUACAGAGGAGCGGUGUUACAGAGGAACGGUGUUACAGAGGAGCAGUGUUACAGAGGAGCAGUGUUACAGAGGAUCGGUGUUACAGAGGAUCGGUGUUACAGAGGAGCAGUGUUACAGAGGAACAGUGUUACAGAGGAGCAAUGUGACAGAGGAGCAGUGUUACAGAGAAGCAGUGUUACAGAGGAUCGGUGUUACAGAGGAGCGGUGUUACAGAGGAACAGUGUUACAGAGGAGCAGUGUUACAGAGGAGCGGUGUUACAGAGGAGCGGUGUUACAGAGGAACAGUGUUACAGAGGAGCAGUGUUACAGAGGAGCAGUGUUACAGAGGAGCAGUGUUACAGAGGAGCAAUGUGACAGAGGAGCGGUGUUACAGAGGAGCGGUGUUACAGAGGAACGGUGUUACAGAGGAACGGUGUUACAGAGGAGCGGUGUUACAGAGGAGCGGUGUUACAGAGGAACGGUGUUACAGAGGAACGGUGUUACAGAGGAUCGGUGUUACAGAGGAACGGUGUUACAGAGGAACGGUGUGACAGAGGAACGGUGUUACAGAGGAGCGGUGUUACAGAGGAUCGGUGUUACAGAGGAGCGGUGUUACAGAGGAGCGGUGUGACAGAGGAGCGGUGUUACAGAGGAACGGUGUUACAGAGGAACGGUGUUACAGAGGAUCGGUGUUACAGAGGAGCGGUGUUACAGAGGAGCGGUGUUACAGAGGAACGGUGUGACAGAGGAACGGUGUUACAGAGGAACGGUGUGACAGAGGAACGGUGUUACAGAGGAACGGUGUUACAGAGGAGCGGUGUUACAGAGGAUCGGUGUUACAGAGGAACAGUGUUACAGAGGAGCAGUGUUACAGAGGAACAGUGUUACAGAGGAUCGGUGUUACAGAGGAGCGGUGUUACAGAGGAGCGGUGUUACAGAGGAACGGUGUGACAGAGGAGCAGUGUUACAGAUCAGUUCAGUAUUCAGGAGGGUGAUAUGGGUGUUGGAUACCUUUGUUCUUUAAAUGAUGGAUCAGGGUUUUACACAACGUGUGUGUGUGUGUGUGUGUGUGUGUGUUGUAACUGGAGGUCAGGGAACUGAAGUGAUUGUGCUGAAUCUUUGUCUUCCAUACUCGUUGUACCGGUUUAUCUGAAGUGGACCCCCCCAGCACCCCCCUCUCCCCCCACUUCCACCCCUCUUGUAUUUUGGUGUUGCUGAUAGAAGCCAGUAGUAGAUGUGUAAUCAGCUCGACUCUCGGACUCUCCUCGCCUCCUGACGGAUGAUGUCCAGACUCCCUCUCAGUAACGCGGCGUGUUCCUGAUCCCAGAUCAGUUCCCGAGCUGCUGGGGGUCUUUAAAUAGAGCGGCAUGUUCUGUAUGCUGAUCUGGGAACGCUCGGCCGCUCUGAUAACACAGCUGUAAUCAGCACAUCUGGAAUCGGAAACACUGAUACCGCGCCCGACUGGGAGGCCCAGCUGGUCGUGCAGAGGAACAUCAGACUCUGAGGGGUCGUCUGUUUAUUCACCACGCCAUCCUGACCGCUGCUGUGGUGGGUCCGGCGCCUCCUGGGUCGCACACAGGAACGAACAUUUGUGCAAUGCAGGGUAUCACACACUUACCUGUAGGAUUGAUUUGGACCAGCCAAUCCACCUUCUGCUCGUUGUUGAGAGGUGGCAGGAAAACACCAGUUCCCAUGAGUACCCAAACGAGUUCAGACUGUGGUUCGCGUGAGUCCUAGAGCUUGUAGAAAUGGUUUAUAAAUUGAAUUAUUAUUUUUCCUUUUGGUGUGUUUUGUUUUCUUGCUAGUCUGGAUUCUUUGUAGAUUGUUGUAUAUUGUUCCUGUACAAACUUUAAUAAAGCAGUUAAGGGUUGAGGGCCUGGCUCAGGGGCCCAACUGUGACAACUUGGCGUUGGUGGGGCUUGAACUUGCAACCUUCUGAGGUACUAGUCUAGUACCAUAACUGGCUUUGUUCAGCUUAAUUUUGAUCUGCUUUUGCUAACGGUGUAAAGCACAGAACCUACAGGACCGCUGUGCUGUGAAAGAGAGAAAAUGACAAAAUAAAAUAGUUUUAAACCCUGACCUGAUGUUUUUCUGACCUCAUUUUUAUUUAUUUCUUUUUGUUUUGUACACAGAGAGAGACGCUGAUGUGGACGACACAUUCCCCUCACUGCAGGAAUGACCUGAGACUGAGUGUCCACUCAAACUACGGUUGCUGAUGUGUGUUAAAAUGAGCGCUGCAGGGGAAACCUCGUCCGACCCGGUCAGGGUCGAGUCUCAGAAGCGCAAAGACUGUUCCUCAGAACUCCUCGGCCCCAGCCCGAAGCGGAGCACGGAGAAGCGGAACCGCGAGCAGGAGAACAAAUACAUCGAGGAGCUGGCCGAGCUGAUCUUCGCUAACUUCAACGACAUCGACAACUUCAACGUCAAACCCGACAAAUGUGCCAUCCUGAAAGAAACCGUGAAACAGAUCCGGCAGAUCAAGGAGCGAGAGAAAGUGCUGGUGUGCAGCGAGGACGAGGUUCAGAAGGCCGACGUCUCGUCCACGGGACAAAGUGUUAUUGACAAAGAUUCUCUCGGACCAAUGAUGCUGGAGGCGCUGGACGGCUUCUUCUUUGUGGUGAACAUGGAGGGGAACGUCGUAUUCGUAUCAGAAAACGUUUCUCAGUAUCUGCGCUACAAUCAGGAGGAGCUGAUGAACACCAGCGUGUACAGCAUCUUACACGUAGGAGAUCACGCCGAAUUCAUCAAGAACCUGCUGCCCAAAUCUCUGGUGAACGGUGUGCCGUGGUCGAGUGAAGGCUGCAGGAGGAACAGUCACUCCUUUACAUGCCGGAUGCUGGUGAACCCGGAGGAGGCGCAGGAGCAGGAGGUGCAGAAAUAUGAAACCAUGCAGUGUUUCGCCGUCUCAGAACCCAAAUCAAUCAAAGAGGAGGGAGAGGAUCUCCAGUCGUGUUUGAUCUGUGUUGCAAGGCGCGUUCCUCCGAAAGAGCGUCCCCUGCUCCCCACACACGAGAGCUUCACCACACGCCAAGAUCUCCAAGGGAAGAUCACGUCUCUGGACACCAGUCAGCUGCGAGCGUCCAUGAAGCCCGGCUGGGAGGAUCUGGUGAGGCGGUGCAUCCAGCGCUUUCACCUGCAGAACGACGGAGACGUCUCCUACGCCAAACGCCACCAACAGGAAGUGUUGAGACACGGACAGGCGUUCAGUCCCGUCUACAGGUUCUCUCUGUCCGACGGCACCAUCGUCUCGGCUCACACCAAGAGCAAACUGGUCCGAUCGCCCGUCACCAACGAGCCUCAGCUGUACAUGUCGCUGCACGUCCUGCAGAGGGAGACGACGGUGUGCGGCAUGACCCCUGACCUGGGCAAACCCAUGACCCCCUUAACCUCCAUGAGCUCUCCUAAUCCAGCGAGUGGACCUGCCAUGAGUCAGGAGGGCAUCAUUAAUAGCAUCACGCCUGCUUUCUCGUCCCCCGGGGCCCGGUUUGGGCGCCCCGGAACCCCACAGAGCAUGGGAUACGCCCUGAAAACGAACAGUCCGUCUCAUCGCGCCAGUCCGGGCGCAUCCAGCUCCCCUCGGUUUACCCCUACAAAUGCCCUCCAUUCUCCAGCUGGCACGUGCACGAGCAGCGGUGGCAGUCAGGGUUACACUAGCAGUUCCUUAAACGCCCUUCAGGCUCUUAGCGAGUGCCAAUCGAUGAGCCUCAGCCAGUCCAUGGGCUCCCCCGAUUCAAAAAAACUAGAACUGCCAGCACCGGGGCCGGCCCUGCCCAAACCGGGGAGCACUGGGGAGUCGUUCGGAGAGUCCGAGCAGAGCGGGAUCGGGCACGAUGGGCAUGAACAUGACAACAGCGGGCAUCAUGAGGAUAACAAGUUACACGAAAACAAAAACCAGACCAAACUUCUCCAGCUACUCACGACUAAAAACGAAAACACCGAGCUUUCCCUGCCGUCACCACUGCCGGAUAAAGAAGGGACGCCCGGGCAGCCACCCGGCACGGCGGGCACCAGCACGACAUCGUUAAAGGAGAAGCACAAGAUCCUGCACCGCCUCCUGCAGAACAGCACGUCCCCGGUGGACCUGGCCAAGAUCACGGCCGAGGCGACGGGAAAAGAGACGGUUCGCGACGCGGGCAACGUCGCCGACAUCGUCAAGCAGGAACCGGUGAGUCCCAAAAAGAAGGACAACGCCCUACUGCGCUACCUGCUGGACAGUGACGAGAACGGCAUGAAGGACAAAAACGUGAAGCUGGAGGUCGGCGAGAUAAAGGUGGAGGACGGGAACCUGGUUCAUGUGAAGACCGAGAAGCUGGACAGAGGAUAUGAGCAGUCGAGCGAGCUGGACGAUAUCUUGGACGAUCUACAGAACACUCAGUCGGGUUUCUUCUCAGAAUCCGGACCCUCCUCCGCCGAUAAACAAUCAAUCAUCAACGACAUCCUGCAGAUCACAGGGGACGGAGGGCAGCGCCAAGUACCACCCAAUUUCACUGGCCCCAGGCCUCUAGGUCGAGUCCCACCCAUGCGGAGCGUCUCCUUGGACAUGAAUGUUUCGGGUAAAGGUUCUCCAGCUCAGUACCCUGUGAUGAGGAACACCUCGCCGUACUCGCUCAUGCAGCAGCAGGGCAUGAUGGCAAAUCAGGGCAUCGGGGGCAACCAGACCAGCAUGGCAGACGUUUGGGUGUCUCAGGGUGUCAGUAGCUCCACCGCUCAGCAGGGGGCGCUGCAGGCUCGUAUGGUGCAAAAUGCCAAUAUGCAGAUCAGACCGAACAGCCAAUCAGGAACCAGAACCAUGCUGCAGGGUGGCAUGAUGCCCAAUGCUCAGUCUCUGGACAUGGACAUGAGUCUGGCAGGUCCUACGUUUCCACAGCAACAGGCUCCCCCCAAUCAGACAGCGCCAUGGCCCGACAGCAUGAUGCCCAUCGAGCAGGUGGCAUUCGGAGAUCCUAAUAGGGUGUAUGCUACCCCUCAGGAGGUUUGCACAGAGGUACCAGACGAGGGCGCUCUGCUUAAUCAGCUCUACUCAGCGCUGAAAGAUUACGACGGUCUGGAGGAGAUCGACCGAGCUCUGGGAAUCCCUGCACUUGUCAGCCAGGCGCCAUCGUUAGAUUCGGAGCUCUUCCCCUCUCAGGAUCAGGUGGUGAUGAUGGAUCAGAAGCCUCUGUACCCUCAGCAGCAGUACGCCACGCCCUCGUCCCAAAACGCGCCCGGAGCUUACGCGCCCAUGCAGGACGCCGCUUAUCACGGCAUGCCGGGACUCGCCGCCCAGAGACCGGGCUUCCCCAUGAUCCGCAUGCAUCCCAGACCGGGACUCCGCCCGCCGGGGAGCGUCCCGAAUCAACCCAACGCGCUGAGACUGCAGCUGCAGCACCGACUACAAGCACAACAGAACCGUCAGCCGAUGAUGAACCAGAUGAGCGGGGUGGCGAACGUUAACCUACCUCUCAGACCCAGCGUCCCAAAUCAGGGAGGCAUAAACGCUCAGAUGUUGGCGCAGCGGCAGCGGGAGAUGCUCAGCAAUCAUCUGCGGCUGAGACAGCGCAUGAGCAUGAGACCUCAGGGCCUCAACAUGCCAGCCAACAUGCCCCCCGGGGCCAUGGGCGCCGCCCAGAUGAGCCACGCCAACCCUACACACUUUCCCUACGCGCCCAACUACGGAAUGGCUCAACAGCCUGAUGCAGGUUUCGGAGGUGCCGCCACCCCCCAGAGUCCCAUCAUAUCCCCCAGAAUGGGACACAUCCAAAGUUCCAUAAUGCAACAGGGCGGCGCCACUUUCCAGUCCUCACCGGAUCUGAAUGGCUGGACGCAGGGCGGCAUGAACGCCAACAGUGUGUUCCAGCAGCAGCAGGUCGGGGGUGCAGGAGGCUCCGCUGGUGUGUUCAAUAAUAACGGGAUGAACAUGAACAUUCCCAACACCAACAACAUCAACAGCAUGGGCCAGAUGAGCACUGAGCAGAAAUACUGCUGACCACCAGGGGGCGCCGUCUGACUGAUUUCUUACCAGCAGGGAGUACGAGCGAGUCUGCACCCCUUCACCUGCCCCCCUCAGAGGGUCCCUUCGCCCCCCCGCGCUGGAGACUACAGUGGCAUCCUAAAAACUCCACACACACGCACACACACACAUCUAUGAUCACUUUGAUCUUUAGGACCUCGAAUGCCACCCGGACUCUGUGGAUCCAACACACACACACACACACACACACACACACAGCAGUCUGGUAGUUGUGUAGAUUCUGCAUUCACCGUAGUGUGACUUAGUGGAACCCUUCUGUAUUUGGUGGCAUCAGGAUCCUACGAAUGUAUUUUUUCUCUACCCGCCUCUCUACUAAUACUGUACCCGCCUCUCUACCCAUCCCUAAUCAACUUUGUACCCGUGUCUCUACUUGUUCCUAUCCCUGUCCUCCAAACAACCCUGUACCCGCCUCUCAACCUGUCUCUCUACCUGUCCCCAACCAUCCUUGUACCUGUCUUUUUACCCAUUCCCCCAACCAACUCUCUACCCCCAAACCAACCUUGUACCCACCUCUCUACCCAACCUCUAACCAAACCUGUACCCACCUCUCUACCCAUCUCCCGUCUCUGUACCCGUCCUUUCAGGUACCCCUGUCUUAGUGAAUCUAAACCACACUCUCGCCCCUCUUGGUUAGCGCUCAUCAUUUACCACUUGGAGAGUAAAUAUGAACCGUCUGCUCAGACGUGGCAGCGCUCCGGUUCGGGUUCGAGCUUUUCCUUCUGCUGUAUAGAGCUGAAACCGUCGAUGUGUCCUGAGCUCAGCGUGUAGAGAAACUCAUCCAAGUUCAUUUCAGCUUCAUCGCUUCAUAUUUAUAAGAAUGAAACGCUCGGUAGUUUUAAAUCAGACUGAUUUUGUGCUUUAGCUGUUAGACUGUAAAUACUGAUGAUAAGAAAUUAUAUAUAUAUAUUUAUUUUGGACGCUUUGGGUUUGGACCCCCUUCCCUGAGCUGGUCUUAACUGCUUCUGGAAUGUUUUAAUGUGUGUAUAUUUUAUUAGAGUGUGUGUGUGAUGUGUGUUUCUCCCUCUGGGCUGAAAUAUAGGACUGGAUCAUCAUAUCACAAUAAUAAUCAUUAAUAAUAAUAAAUAAUAAUACGUUCAUCUACAAUUCUACACAAGUCUCUGAAAUACUGAAUCAUAGACUUCUGGAUUGUAUUUCUGUUCAUGUCUACGUGCUUGGCAGAUUAACCUUUAACCUUCUGAUCACUAGUCCAGUACUUUAAGCACUAAGCCUUCAAAUAUGUCAUGUGGGGCCUCAUCACGGCGUAACAUAACCGGCGGGACUUAAUGUGGUUCAGUGGCUCUUUUUCUGUUCUGGCCGUCUCAUACAGUCGCUCAGUGAUGAUCAUCUUCCUCCAUGUUCUCAAAAGUCUGAAUGCAUCUUUUUUCCUCUUUCUUCAGCGUCCAGGCUUCACGUCAGUACGUGGCUACUGGCCAGAUCCAGGUUCUCAUCAGUCGUAGCUCAGUAUCAUGUACAACGUUAAAUUAAUUAAAGAUGGAUAGAUAAAACACUAAAGAAUGUUAGUGAGGUCACAUGAUCAGGUUUGUGAUUGUUAUUGUGAUAUCGAUGUCACCCGGUCGUAUCGCCCAGCCCUGGUCACUUGUGUUACUAAAGCUGGUGAAAUGAGUGAUUUUUGUGUGUGUGUGUGUGUGUGUGUGUGUGUUUAGCUGCUUGCUUCGCUUCUCAGCUUUUUUUAAAUCUACUCGACAGCCAUAAACUCGACACGGCCGUGAUUCUUUCUGUCGUGUUCGAUGUUAACGAGCAAUAACUCUUGAUACGUCUCGCCUGGUUUCUGCGGUUUUUGUAGUUUUGUACAGAUUUUUCGCGCCCACUUUUGGACCCAGUAUUAAAGUUUUUAUUGCGCUUUAUAUCCGGGGAAAUUCUGAUAAACUAAUCGUCCAAACCUGGAGGUUCUUCAGCGAUACGCCGCCGGUGGGGCCGGUGGUUCAGGGCUGCACUCCUGCCGCGGGGCUAACUUUGGGUCGACUCAGGAGUCCAGCGCUGACGUCCCGCACCCCCGGCUGAAAACAGUCACUACCUAAAAGCUGCAUUUUGGGGCAGAAAUCCAAAGAUUGUUAGCAUUUUUAAAUCAGUAUAAGCCAUGAGACGAAGCGGGGAGAGCUUUCUGAGGUAUCAGGUCUCGUUCCGACACCGCCACCUUUACCGCAGCCGCGCGUCAUGGUUUUUAUUUCUCAGACGUGAUGUGUUCAUGCGGUCAGCUUGUUUUGUAGCUCUGUAGCGCUAACUGCUGAAAGCUAAGCUAGCGUAUGUUGCCUUAGACCUGAUUAACGUUGUGUGCUGAUUAUAGCGCUGUGUUCUAUCUGUACUCUUUAUAUACUGUAUAUAUGGUGGACAUAUAUGAUGUAAAGCUGUGACCGGAGGUACCGCGGUGUUUUAUCACCCUCGACUGAAUGUGAUGAUCACAUUAGGCCUCUCGUACCUGCAUUUACUUUUGCACACUCGCAGGUGAUGAACCAGACUAGUAGACUGUGGUACAGGUACCAUGAAGGUUUAGGAACCCCCAUACCAGGAGGUAUCCAUGAUGACAUUGUAAAAUAUGGACGGAAAUACAGAGGAAUCAUUUCAAAUCAGUAAAUUUAUUAAAAAGCAUGAGAAAUGAUUAGAUUGGUAACACGGAUCCUGCAAAAGGUGGAUUGGGUGGUUUAAAUCACCCCCAGGUGUGUUGACGUCCAUCCAGGUUGGUCAGUAUUUCCAGGGCUCACUGGGAAAAUCAGUUGGUGAAUGUAGACCUGCUGUGCAUACGUGGGGUACGAGGUGCUACUCUGAGCUCUUUGAGAGUGUUGGAGAACCCCUGGUCUAGCCAAUUAAAGCAGGCAAGAGCAGGCGAAGCUCCUGAUUGGCCAAAAUAGAAAUCAGGAGCCUCACAGGUUUUUCAGCAGGGGGUCCUGGGGUCUCCUGCUUAAGCACGGUGUGGUUUGACUGGUGCUUUAUGUAUUAUUUAGGGAAGGACCGUACAUUUACUGCAGCCAGUCAUCCACUAGAUGGAGUCAGAGACUACUUUAGCACUAUGUCCACCAGCUAUACAACCUCAAUCAACCUGAUCGAUCCACAAUCAGGCCACUGAUUUACAGCCUCUCUCUCUCUCUCCAGUAGCUUGUGUUUGUCCAUCUUUCUCUCCUUUAUGUACCAGUUGAAGAUCUUUUGUGGUUUUAUUAUAAUAAUUUUUGUAAAAUUGAUUAUUUCCUCUCUGAAUGAUUGAUUAUUGAUGAUGAUGAUGAUGGAUCGGGAAACUGAAGCAAUAUAUAAUUUAUUUGGACCUCCUGCAGUGAAGCGGAUAGAGUUGCGCGGUAUUAUUAUUAUUAUUAAUAUUAUUAUUAUAUAUUUUAAUUUUUUAUUUCGUUCUGUUUUGUGUUUGUGCACGUGAUGGGUGUGUCUCACCUGGUCACGCGCACCGGUGUUUGUGAGCGCGAGCGUUUUUAUGCAAAACUUUCCACUUUACUGAAGUUAUGCAAGUGUGAAUAAACUGAUGCGGCUUUAGCUCCUGCUGUUCGGUGUUAAAUAAUAAUGAUGAAUAUUAAUGAUGAUAAUUAUUAUUAUUAUAUUUGUUGUAAAUAAAGAAUUCGGUAAAA